UGAGGCAGUAGAAGUGCUGCAGAGGCGACUCGGUAUAAAACCCCCCGUUAGCACUGGCACAGCCUUCUGCAUACGGCUUGGGUCGGACCUACAUUUCUCACCUCACGCUCGCAAGACACACACCACACAAAGGGAAGAAUGCGAGAAAUCGUUCACAUUCAAGCUGGCCAAUGUGGCAAUCAGAUUGGAGCAAAGUUCUGGGAGGUGAUCAGCGACGAGCACGGCAUCGACCCCACGGGAAACUACGUAGGCGACUCCGACCUGCAGCUGGAGAGGAUCAGCGUCUAUUACAAUGAGGCUUCCUCCUCCAAGUACGUACCCAGAGCCAUCCUGGUGGACCUGGAGCCCGGCACCAUGGACAGUGUUCGAUCGGGAGCCUUCGGCCAUCUGUUCAGACCAGACAACUUCAUCUUUGGUCAGAGUGGUGCUGGGAACAACUGGGCCAAGGGCCACUACACAGAGGGAGCGGAGCUGGUGGACUCGGUCCUGGACGUGGUGAGGAAGGAGUGUGAGAACUGUGACUGCCUACAGGGCUUCCAGCUCACCCACUCCCUGGGCGGGGGCACGGGCUCCGGCAUGGGCACCCUGCUGAUCAGCAAGGUCCGGGAGGAGUACCCCGACCGCAUCAUGAACACGUUCAGCGUGGUGCCCUCGCCCAAGGUGUCGGACACGGUGGUGGAGCCCUACAACGCCACCCUCUCCAUCCACCAGCUGGUGGAGAACACGGACGAGACCUACUGCAUCGACAACGAGGCGCUCUACGACAUCUGCUUCCGCACGCUCAAGCUGGCCACGCCGACCUACGGCGACCUCAACCACCUGGUCUCCGCCACCAUGAGCGGGGUCACCACCUCGCUGCGCUUCCCCGGGCAGCUCAACGCCGACCUGCGCAAGCUGGCCGUCAAUAUGGUGCCCUUCCCCCGCCUGCACUUCUUCAUGCCCGGCUUCGCCCCGCUGACGGCGCGCGGGAGCCAGCAGUACCGCGCCCUCACCGUGCCCGAGCUCACCCAGCAGAUGUUCGACGCCAAGAACAUGAUGGCGGCCUGCGACCCGCGGCACGGCCGCUACCUCACCGUGGCGACGGUCUUCAGGGGACGCAUGUCCAUGAAGGAGGUGGACGAGCAGAUGCUGGCCAUCCAGAGCAAGAACAGCAGCUACUUCGUGGAGUGGAUCCCCAACAACGUCAAGGUGGCCGUCUGCGACAUCCCGCCCAGGGGCCUCAAGAUGUCCUCCACCUUCAUCGGCAACAGCACGGCCAUCCAGGAGCUCUUCAAGCGCAUCUCCGAGCAGUUCACCGCCAUGUUCCGCCGCAAGGCCUUCCUCCACUGGUACACCGGCGAGGGCAUGGACGAGAUGGAGUUCACCGAGGCCGAGAGCAACAUGAACGACCUGGUGUCCGAGUACCAGCAGUACCAGGACGCCACCGCCGAGGAGGAAGGGGAGAUGUACGAGGACGACGACGAGGAGUCGGAGAUCCAAAAGUGAACGCUCUGGAAGCAGAAAUCACUCUCCAAUCAGUGUUCAGAAGCCGCUCUGUAUUCUCCACGCGGGCCGAAGUGGGUCUCCUCACCUCUCCUAGCUGCCCUAGGAUUCUACCUCCCUCUCAGUGUUCGUUUCUUCUCUCUGCUAACUCUUUAGCGUCAAAUUCCUAGUUCACUGACUGUAUCAUUGCUUCUUAUUGGUAAUAUCUUACCUGCUAAAAGUUCUUCUCCAGUUCUAUACAAACUUGACUACUCGGUUUAAAAAUGUGCAAGAAAUAAAGUAGUGUUUCAAAACUAA